AAAAGAGGCGGGAGACCAAACUCCGUCUAUAACGGUGGAAAGCGCAACAUCUCUCUGUUGCCACGCAGGGGUGAUUUACGUCCCACCUCGUGACGUCACUAGUGCGCCGGCACGUCCUGCGUUGCGUCCCUGGUGUCCAUGGCCAACCUCAGAGGGCAGGGCUGAGGGAGAAGUUGGAGCGGCGAUGGCCUCGUCAAUGGUCAGAGCUACAGUUCGGGCCGUGAGUAAGCGGAAGAUUCAAGCUACCAGAGCGGCACUGACACUGACUCCCUCUGCUGUAAAUAAGAUAAAACAGCUGCUUAAAGACAAACCUGACCAUGUAGGAAUUAAAGUUGGUGUCCGUACAAGAGGUUGUAAUGGACUCUCUUACACCCUAGAAUAUACCAAAACAAAGGGGGAUUCAGAUGAAGAAGUAGUGCAGGAUGGUGUUAGAGUGUUUAUUGAAAAGAAAGCACAGCUAACCUUGCUAGGAACUGAAAUGGACUAUAUAGAAGACAAGCUGUCUAGUGAAUUUGUUUUCAACAAUCCAAACAUCAAAGGAACUUGUGGUUGUGGAGAAAGUUUCAACAUUUGAAAUCUCAGGACUAAUCCCAUGAUUUUAACACCACCAAACUGGUUUCCAAACUAAUCUCUUGGGACAUUUUUCAUAUCUUUAGGCUUUGUGAAAUAUGGCUGCCUUUCCAAGAGAAUAAAAGCACUGCAUUUUGAAAAUGUAAUCUGUGUGUUAAAUUUCAGCAGCCCUCACACAUUCAGGUUGGAAAGACAAAGAUUUGUUGCAAAACCUGAGAACAUUUCUAAUUUGAUUGGCAGAAAAUUGUACAGCUACUUUUCAGGUGUCUUGUUCAGCAUGUUAUUGGUUAUUCACAACAUGGACUCUAAAAGACAUGUGAAGUCAUAUUAUUUUGGAUUUGAAUGAAUUAUGUGUAUGUAUCAUAGAUCCUAAGAAUUACCUGUUGCGCUUUGAAGCAACACUAAACCUUACCUGUGAUGGACAUUUUAAAGAGUUUUUCUUUUGUAGUAUUGCAUAAAACUCUUCAGAAAUCAUCUCAAUGAUGAGAGGAGCACACAGCUAAGGUUUGAGAGUGUUAAAUAUAAUUUACUCCUAGAUAUCUGUCCCCCCUCUCCUCCUCCAACCCUUAUGAGAUGGAGAUGGCCUUUCUGUUACCAUUAGGGAAGGCAUCAGUGUUUUAAGGAGUAAGGUAGCCUUUCUGACCACUAUGAUUUUGCAACAGACAAUGCAGAAUCUGCUUGUGGUGUUUUACCAUAUUUUCCAUUGUUUGCAUUAUUUCUUCCUCAUACUAACGUUUUUGGAGCCUACUUCUGACUACAAAUUCUAUUUUCAGUUCAUGUUUUCAAGUCUCUUUUUAUUAGUCAUGCAGCAAAGGAGUCUGAUUUCUGGGCUAUGCAAUGUUAACUGGCACUGCACAGUUUUAAUUAUAAAUCUGUUAAAGGGCCAAGCUAAAUAAGAACAAGGGCCUUUAUUUGCAAAUUCAUCUGUGUACUGCAGGAAUAACUUAAAGGGUGAUCUUGAUUUCUAUUGCAACAGGAUUAUUUAUGGUACCUAUCAUGAGUGAAAUAGUUCUUCAGCGGCCUGCUUGCACCCUCUUACAACUAAGUUAUACUUUUCUAUAUUCAAAAUGAUGGUUUUACUUCUCAUCUUGUUAAUAUAAAACCAAGCCACUUUCUCAACUAGAGAUAUCGCCAUAUUGGCCUUCUGUGUUCUUAUUGUACUGUUAGUUAUCUUUAUAGGCAGACAUUCAUACCAUCUAUGCUAUGAGAGACAACUGUAGUCUCCUCCCAGUAAUACAUAUAUUGCUGUGUAAGAUUGCUGGCUACAGUAAUAUCAGUUGCCACAGGCCAGGUAUAUUGCAAUAUACAUGUCACUGGAAGAAGGCUUCACUUCUUGCAUAGCAUACUGAAUUUCCAGUUACCAAGAGAAGAUCUGUUGUUCAAAAUACAUAAAGGUAUAUUAAUACAUUGAUAAAUAGGAAUUGCAACUACUACAGUCUUGCACCCUCUGAAUUUUAGAAGCCUUUUAAAAUUGCAUUUUGAGAACAUCUCUGGUGUUUGAGCCUUAUUAGGGUGGAUGAAAAAUGAAUUGUGAAUGUAACAUGUUCUGUGUAAAAGUGGUAUUGAUGCAUUUAAUCUUUUAAACUUUGUGGGAUAUGUAGUCUUUUCGUAUAGAGACAUCUUGAAUGAUAGUGCACUACCAUCUAUGAAAAUACAAAAAAUUGUCAUAUUUAAGCACCAAGCGCACAGUCUGAAGUAAACUUUUAUUAAUAGUUAAGGAAGAUCAUAACAUUGUGUGUGCAAUACUGUGUUGUAGAAUUAUGCUGCAAUAAAUAAUAUUGUCUUUUGGUGAAAUGUGAAAAACACAUUUCCAGAGUUUCUGGAAUGAGAAUAAAUGAGAAUUAUUGAAUUCUGGAAUGAGAAUAAAUGAGAAUUAUUGAA